GUUCUGACGAUGAUUUAAGCAUCAGAUGCUUUUUCUUGAUAUUGUUCAAUAGGUUGUUGUUCCCUACUGCCAGCUGGGGAAUAACGAACCAUGAGGUUCUUUUAACCGAGCAGAUGGAUCGUUUCCACCAGAUUGACUGGUGUCAGCUUAUUUUCAAUGAUUUAUGCCAAGCUGCCAAGAAGUGGCAUAACAGGAGCGUUACGAACGUUUCUACAACCAUCUAUGGAUGUUCCAUCGUUAUUCUUCUGUAUUAUUUGGAUCAUUUGCAUGACUCAGCGGCACCCCUGAACAAACGUGGAACACCACGAAUCAAAUACUUUGAUAGGAAUAUUAUUCAAGCCCUGACAAGAGCUGACAAGGGCAAGAUACGCAAAGGAGAAGAAGCAUUUGGACAUUGCUCGUUCCGAAGCUCCUCAGAGACCUGCUACACAGAUGUACCACCCGUUCAUGCACAAUUCAAGGCAUGAUUCUAUUUAUAUAUU